CGCUAACACUUUCUAACGAUGCGAGAAGAGGAUGCGUGAUGGUGGCAAAGAGGUGCCAGGACGGUACGGUAGGAUGGUGACCGUCCGGGCGACGCUACUGUCUCUGCUGGUGGUGGCCGCUAGCGGUUGCUAUCUGUUUCCUAGUGACGUAACUAACCCCUGCAUCGGGGUGACGUGCGGCCCAGGCGCCCAAUGCCGGCCGUCGGCUGACGCCCAAUCCUACACCUGCGAGUGUCCGACGUCGUGCCCGAGCUACGGCGACCACGAGGGCUCGCGGCCGCUCUGCGCCAGCGACGCCCACGACUAUCCGGGCGAAUGCGAGAUGCGAAGGGCCGCCUGCGAGACAAACACAAACAUUACCUUCAAGUAUUACGGCAAAUGUGAUCCGUGCGCCGGCGUGACCUGCCCAGAUCCAGAACUGUGUCAACUGGACGAGAACCGGGCCCCGUCUUGCCGCUGCGCAGAGCCGUGCCCGCUCGAGUUCUCCCCUGUGUGUGCGUCUGACGGCAAGACCUACUCCAACGAGUGCCAAAUGCACAGGGAAUCAUGUCGCGCUAGGAAACAAUUGAGGGUCAUCUUCAAAGGGCAGUGUAGUACGGGAGUGAACCCAUGCGCGGAAGUGGAGUGCCGGCACGGUGCCGAGUGCCGCGUGGAAGGCGCCGGCGCCGCGGUCUGCGCAUGUCCGCCGCCGUGCGAGCCGGUGCUGCGUCCUGUCUGUGGUUCUGAUGGCACGCAUGACAGCGAGUGCGAGCUGCGCCGCGCGGCCUGCCUGCUCGGGAGGGAGCUGCGCGUUCUCCAUGCUGGGCCCUGUGGCUCGAACGGUAUCUGCGCGGGCCGCGUAUGCCCCCACGGCGGCGAGUGCGUCGCGUCGGGCGCGCGCGGCGUGUGCCGCUGUCCGCGCUGCUCCAACGAGUUCGCGCCCGUCUGCGGCUCAGAUGGUAUCUCCUACGGCAACCGAUGCAAGCUGCAGCUCGAGGCGUGCCGGCACCGCAGGGAUGUCACCGUGCUGUACGACGGACCUUGCAAUGGGUGUGAGAACAAGAAAUGCGAGUUCUAUGCUGUAUGUGAAAGUGAUGGAAUUUCAGAAGCAAGUUGUGUCUGUCCGAAGCACUGCGAGGAAGGAACGGAAACCGAAGAAGUGUGCGGCAACGAUAAUAAGACCUACAGCAGCAUAUGCUCGCUGCGUGAUGUAGCUUGCCGUGAAAAGCGGCGACUACACGUCAAACAUAUGGGCUCUUGCGAGUCAUGCAUCGGCGUGGAGUGUCCAAGCGGCACUUGGUGCGCGCGCGGGCAGUGCGCGUGCUCCAACCCGUGCGCCGACGUGCCGCGCGAGCCCGUGUGCUCCAGCGCGCGCAGCACGUUCGUGCACGAGUGCGCGCUGCAGCGCGCGGCGUGCGAGGCGCGCAUGCGCGGCGAGCCGCCCGUGCGCGUCGCCUACUAUGGCGAGUGUGCGGAGGAGGAGAAUAAUACGGCGGGUGUAAACAAAAGCGCUAAAAUAACGGAGAUAACAAACGAGAUCUCAAGUGAAAGAGAGAGAGGGGAGAACGAAAACUCCAGCGAGCCAACCGGCACGGCGGUGUGCGCUCGUGUCCAAUGCGCGUAUGAAGCUACUUGCGCGGUUGACUCCAAUGGUCAACCAAGAUGCGCGUGCCUAUUCGAUUGCGCAGCCGCGGCCGCUGCGGCGGCCACGUCGGCGCCUGUGUGCGCGUCCGACCUGCGCCUGUACCCCACGCUCUGCCACAUGAAGUUAGAGUCGUGCCGCCGGCAGGAGGAGCUGCGGCUGCGGCCGCUGGCGCUGUGUCGAGGGCUCGAGUUCCGACCGUGUGGCGACGACGAGCCGGUGACGGACGCAGAAGGGCGACCCGUGGACUGCGGCGGCGGCCCACAUCGCAAGGACUGCCCCAUCGGCAGUUAUUGCCAUCACACCACUAAAGCAGCCCGCUGCUGCAGAAAAGACAAAACUCAACCCGAGAAAAAGACCUGCCAAGAAUCAUGGCACGGCUGCUGCGCCGACGGGGUGACGCCGGCGCGCGGGCCGGGAGGCAGCGGCUGCCCGUCGCAGUGCGGCUGCCACCGGCUCGGCUCCGUGUCGGAGCAGUGCGACGACAGCGGCCAGUGCGACUGCCGGCCCGGCGUCGGCGGCCUCAAGUGCGACCGCUGCGAGCCCGGCUACUGGGGCCUGCCCAGGAUCGGGACCGGACACAUGGGAUGUAUUCCUUGCGGAUGUUCGGCGUUCGGAUCAGUGCGCGAAGACUGUGAACAAAUGACGGGGCGCUGCGUAUGCAAGCCCGGCAUCCAGGGGCAGAAAUGCACGGUGUGCUCCAACCACGAACACGCGCUCGGCCCUAAUGGUUGCUUCGAUCCGGAAUCGACGCAACUGCCAGCGACGAGCUGCGAGCACAUGGCGUGCUACUUCGGCGCGUACUGCGUGGUGCGCAGCGGGCUCGCGCAGUGCGAGUGCGGCGGCGGCGACUGCGGCCCCGCCGGGGCGCCCUCAGUCUGCGGUAGCGACGGCCGCACCUACCUCUCCGCUUGCCACCUCCGCACGCACGCCUGUAGGACGCAAGCCGACAUCGUGGUGCAGGCCUUCGGCCCCUGCGCCGACGCCGGCCCGCACGUUAGGCGAGAAAUGAACAGUGAUGCACCGUUGCAAACGAACGAAGUCCAGUCCCAGUGUGUUCCGAAGCCGACGGCGGUGAUAGUGGAGGAGGUGGAGGAGGUGUUGACGAAUGAGAUCGGGGAAUAUUCGAUUUAUGAUGAAUUCGAGGACGUAGAGGAAAUAUAUAGAAUGCCCCUGUUCGACGGGUUCGCGCGGAUGAUGGCUCGAACGAGGCUGCCCGCGAAACGUUUCGAUAUCUGGGCUGAAGUGUCCGCAGUAUGCGACGAAGGCACGCUCCUCAGCGCGGCCGGGCCGAGGGAUAACUUGUGGCUCGGGUUGGGCGAGAACAAAGCUGUGCUACGUUGGAACGCUGGCAGCGGACCGACGGAGCUGCGCGCCGGGAAAGUGAGAUUUGACGGUCGGUCGAAGAUUUCUGCUCGACGUUACAAGAGGGAUGGGAUGUUGCGGAUGGGCAAGGCGACCGCGAGAGGGUCGACGCCGGGCCGGAUGACUUCGCUGGACGUCGACCCUUUCAUCUACAUCGGUCGUCCGCCGGAGAAUAUUACAAAAAGGCUGCCCGGAGCCCCCUCGCUGUCGGGGUUCGUGGGCUGCGUGCACCGGCUGCGCGUGAGCGGGCGCGACGUGAUCCCGCCGGCGCGAGGGCUCACGCUGCGCGGGCAGGGGCUGCGCGCCUGCACGCCGCGCAACAUCGCGCAGGUCGUGUGCCCCUAG